UAAACUCUUACACAACAAUCCAGUAGUGUCAGUCAUUAUGGACCUGUUGCACCUUUACGAGUGGAUCGAUGUCAAAAGUAUUUUGAUAUUUUCGUGUGUGUUUUUAUUGCUGAGUGAUUAUAUCAGAAAUAAAGCGCCUAAGAACUUUCCUCCUGGACCAUGGUAUUUGCCGAUUAUAGGAGAUCUUCAUCAUGUCGAUAAUAGUAAGAUUCAUCUUCAGUUUACAGAGUUUGCAGAAAAAUAUGGCAAGAUUUUCAGCCUAAGAAUUUUUGGAUCAAGAAUUGUUGUGUUGAAUGGAUAUAAACUAGUGAAGGACGUCUAUACACUACAGGGUGAUAACCUCGCUGAUCGACCCACAUUACCUUUAUUUAAUGACAUCACUGGAGACAGAGGUUUAUUUGUUGCCAAUGGCUAUAAAUGGAGGCAUCAGAGGAGAUUUGCACUCUCAACUCUUCGAAACUUCGGAUUGGGAAAGAAAAGUUUAGAGCCAUCCAUCAGUCUUGAGUGUUGCUUUCUGAAUGAAGCCAUUUCAAAUGAACAAGGUCGACCAUUUGACCCUCACUUUCUGCUGAACAAUGCUGUCUCAAAUGUGAUCUGUGUCCUUGUGUUUGGUAAUCGAUUUGAGUACAGUGACCAUGACUUCCAGUCUCUGUUGAAGAACAUCAAUGAAGCUAUUUAUCUGGAAGGAAGCAUCUGGGCUCAACUUUAUAACAUGCUCCCAUGGCUCAUGCGGCGACUGCCUGGACCACACAAGAAAAUUAUUACUCUGUGGAAAGAAGUGAUUGGCUUUGUUCGAGAGAAGGUGAAUGCACACAAAGCGGAUUAUGAUCCAUCAAAUCCUCGAGACUACAUUGACUGCUUCCUUGCUGAGAUGGAAAAACUUAAGGACGACACAGCCGCUGGGUUUGAUGUGGAGAACUUGUGCAUCUGUACUCUGGAUCUGUUUGUAGCGGGAACUGAGACCACCUCCACCACUCUGUACUGGGGUCUUCUCUACAUGAUAAAAUAUCCUGAGAUACAGGCCAAAGUUCAGGAGGAGAUUGAUCGUGUUGUGGGAGGGUCACGGCAGCCAUAUUUAUCAGACAGGGACAACAUGCCCUUCACCAAUGCUGUCAUUCAUGAGAUACAGAGGAUUGGAAAUAUUAUCCCAAUAAAUGCAGUCCGAGCUACUGCGGAAGAUACUCAGAUAGGACAAUACUCUAUCCCAAAGGGCACAAUAGUGACAGGCAGUUUGACAUCAGUGCUGUUUGAUGAGUCGGAGUGGGAGACGCCUCACUCUUUUAAUCCAGGUCACUUCCUGGAUGUUGAGGGCAAUUUCAGGAGGAGAGACGCCUUUUUACCUUUUUCUCUAGGAAAGAGAGUGUGUCUUGGGGAGCAGCUGGCACGAAUGGAGCUGUUCCUGUUUUUCUCCUCUCUGCUGCAGCGCUUCACUUUCUCUUCACCGGCAGGUGUGGAGCCCAACUUGGAUUUUAAACUGGGGUUCACUUACUGUCCCCAGCCAUAUGAAUUGUGUGCAGUGACACGCUAAAACAAGCAACACAAUUCAUUUCAAUGGAAUGUUUUGCAAUAAGUUCAGAACAUAGUGAAUUUGAAUUGGAGUUUAAAUAAUUGAUCUUAUGUUGCCAUAUAGACUAUGCAGUAGCAAACAAUAGAAUAAAAUCUGGACCAAUCGGUGCUCAGCAGUUGAACCUCUAAAUCUGCAGAUAUUGAAUCAUUUUACAAAUAUAGUAAUGUCAUUCCUGGGAUUCAGAAAUAUUUCAGUCCCCCAGACUUUUUAAAGCGGUGGUUUACCAAAACUAAUUAAAAGCUUUUCACAAUACUUGUCCAUUAUAAUGAAUAAAAAUAAUCGUUGCAAUUUAAUAAUUUUUAUGAUAAAAUGUUUUAUUUCUAUCGAACACUAAGCAUUUUGUCAUGUCCCUGAAGCACCUCACUGAAUUUAUACUUAAAUAUUUAACUAAAUGUGCACAAUGUGUAUAAUUUUUGGCAAUAUUGAAAGUAUGUUCUUAUUUCAUUGCUGCCAUAUAUGGCCUCCUAUGGAAGUCACUUAAUGCCAAAUGUUUUUGAAAUAAAAAAGCUUGUUGAAUUGCAAUAAUUGAAAAAAAAAUGCAUUGUAUUUUUAGGGCUUGCAUUUUUAUGGGCUGAAAUUCAACAUGGUUGUAUAUUUAUGCAGUCAAUAUUUCAGUUCAAAACAUUUCAUACACAUUUUCAUUAUUAAAGUUAGUGUAAAGCA